CUAGCCAGUAGUUGAGGCAACACGUGCUCAUUACGAUGAAUAUUCAAAUUUUGUGACUGUUCAUCUGUGUCAUCGAGUUAUCAUUGCCGAAGGAAAACAGGUUACACUGACAGAACAGAACAAGUACAUGUCAUGUUCAUUACAGUUUGAUAGACAGGGACACCAGGUGACUGGAUAUACAUGUGUGUCGAUUUCAAAACAACAUGGCAGCGUAUGACGAGGCAUUUGCAAAAGCUGGCCAAACCCCUGGGUUAGAAAUAUGGAGGAUUGAGAAACUGAAGGUGGUACCACAGGACCUUUCAACAUAUGGAUCCUUCUACACUGGAGACUCGUACAUUGUUUUAAGUACAAAGCAAGUGCCAAACUCGAACAAAUACCAGUGGGACGUGCACUUUUGGUUGGGUGACACCACUUCACAGGACGAAAAGGGCGUGGCCGCAUACAAGACGGUGGAACUAGACGACAGCCUUGGCGGAGCCCCUGUCCAGCACAGAGAGGUGCAAGAUCACGAAUCUCAGCUGUUCCUAUCCUAUUUCAAAAAAGGAAUUAGAUAUUUAGAUGGCGGGGUGGACUCGGGCUUUAAGAAGGUCGAGCGAGACAAGUAUGACACCCGUCUUCUCCACAUAAAGGGGAAGAGGAACGUGAGAGUCAGACAGGUCAAGUGUGACGUCAGUUCUUUGAACCAAGGGGAUGUAUUCAUCCUUGACUGCGGCCUUGUCAUGUAUGUGUGGAAUGGACCGACCAGCAGCAAGAUGGAGCGAAUCAAAGCUGCAGAAGUUGCCAAGACAAUCAAAGAUGAAGAGCGGGGUGGGCGAGCUACAAUCAACAUCAUCGAUGACAAAUGGGACUGUGAUCCAAAGUUUUUCAACUCUUUGGGCAGUCUUGUUUCCGAAUGCUCCAUCAAGUCAGCAGAUGAAGGGGGUGACGAUAGGGAGUUUGAAAGGGUAGCACAGGACACUGUUACCCUUUACAGAGUGACCGAUGCUAGUGGCAAAUUGGAAGUGAAUGAAGUGGCAUCCAAGCCGCUGAAACGAGAAGAUCUGGACUCAAAUGACUGCUUCAUAUUGGACUCGGGGCCCAGCGGCAUAUAUGUGUGGAUCGGGAAGAAGUGUACUCGGAACGAAAAGAAGUCAGCAUGGCAGAGAGCAACAGACUUUUUGAGUAUGCGAGGGUACCCCGAGUGGACGUCCAUUACCCAGGUGGUGGAGGGAGGGGAGACGCCGCUCUUCAAACAAUACUUCUCCACCUGGAUAACCCCUAACACCCAGAGGGGGGCUGGGGCAGGUGUACAAGACCAACAGAAUUGCCAUGGUAGCAGAAUACGAAGCAGCACUGAUAAAUAUAGCAAUGAGAAAUUUGAUGUCACCGGACUGCAUAAAAAGGCAUCCAAAGCCAAGAAGGAUUUCAUCCCCGACAAUGGUAUGGGAAUUAAACAGAUCUGGAGGAUAGAACAGAACGCCAUGGUGAUCCUGCCUGAAGAGAUGCACGGGGUGUUCUACACCGGCGACUGUUACAUCAUCCUCUACACCUACAAGGUCGGCAACAGGGAGAGCUACAUCAUCUACUUCUGGCAGGGCAGCAAGAGCACUAUCGAUGAGAGGGGAGGAUCCGCCAUUCUUGCUCAGAGACUGGACGACACUGAUCUGAAUGGCCGAGCUGUACAGAUUCGUGUUGUACAAGGACAGGAGCCCGAGCACUUCUUGCGUCUGUUUAAUGGGAAGAUGAUCAUAUUCCUCGGUGGCAUUAACAACGAAGUGCAAGAAGGCCCAGCCAAGGUGUAUCACAUUCGAGGAACUAACGAGUUCAACACACGAGCUAUUCAGGUCCCAGCAAGAGCCGCCUCUUUGAACUCAAAUGAUGCGUUUGUGUUGGAGACUGAGCUACUUCUGUAUCUCUGGAUUGGAAAGGGAGCCAACGAGGAGGAGAGGACUGUUGCAAGACAACUCCUGGAUUUUCUCUUCCCAAACAGAUCAGCAGUGGAAAUUCCUGAAGAAGAUGAACCUUUGGAAUUCUGGGAUAUUUUAGGCGGGAAAGAAGCUUACGCGACUGGGAAGAGAUUGCAGACAUCAGGCAACGACAUGCCCCCUCGUCUUUUUCAAUGUUCUAACGCUUCAGGCAGGUUCCUUGUGGAGGAAAUCGUAAACUUCAGCCAAGAAGAUCUGGUCGAAGAUGACGUCAUGCUUCUGGAUACGUUCGACGAGAUAUUUGUUUGGAUUGGCAAAGGAGCAAACGAGGUGGAACGGAAGGAGAGCCUCGCAACUGCUAUGGAGUACAUACGUACGGAUCCAGCAGGGCGGACCCCGGACAAUACCCUCAUCAUGCAAAUCAAACAGGGAUUCGAACCUCUGCAUUUCACCGGCCAUUUCCAUGCGUGGGAUCCCGACAAGUGGAGUUACGGCAAAUCCUACGAGGACAUGAAGAGAGAGCUAGGAAAGGAAAACGUGGCCGCAACCAGAGUGCAAGAGGAACUGGCGUGUUAUGACCAAACCUACACCUACGAAGAACUGACCAAACGCUUGCCUCCGAGAGGAGUGGACUUAACCAACAAGGAGAAAUACUUGUCAGAUGAAGAAUUCAAGAAGAUUUUCAAGAUUACCAAGCAAGACUAUCUCUCCAAACCGAAAUGGAGACAGUUGGAGAUGAAAAAGAGGUUUGGUCUGUUUUGAUGAAGACAACAGUCCGGAGCCAGAAGAUGAAACCUUUCCGUCAAGUCUUUCCUUUACGCGCUCAAUAUAGUCAUGCAUGAAAUAUCGCACAUAUUUUAUGUGUCUCUAACAACGCCAUAACGUCAUGGCUGAGAUUGAGACAUUGGAUAUACGGUACGGUUCAAUACCGUUCGUUCCUCUCUAUGCAAA